AUGGAGGAAAUAUCCCUUCUUAUCCUCGGCGCCGGCUGGACUGCCACUUUCCUCAUCCCCCUCCUCCAGUCCAAGAAAAUUACCUUCGCAGCGACCACAACAACAGGCCGUCCUGUCGCCGACGUCCCAACUAUCCCCUUCAAGUUCGAUCCAUCCGCGCCAGAGGACGAAGCCCGCUCCGCCAUCGCCUCAUUACCCCGCGCCCGCUACAUCCUCAUCACCUUCCCCCUAAACGACACCGGGCCCGCCAAGCUCCUCGUAGAAGCCUACACAGCCACGCACCUCACUCCAACCUCCAGCUCGUCCGCAGCGGCCCACACGCUCACUCCCUUCCGCUUCAUCCAGCUCGGCAGCAGCGGCAUCUGGCAGCCCGGCUCCCCCUACCAAACCACGGCACCCAACACCACCAACACCGACCCCUGGAAAACCCGCCACUCCCCCAUCUCCACCACCCCGCGCUCCAUAGCCGAAACCGAGCUCCUCUCCCUCGGCGGCUGUGUCCUCAACCUAUCUGGUCUCUGGGGCGGAUCCCGCAGCCCCCGCAACUGGGCCCGUCGCGUAGCCCACACCAAGGAACUACUCCGCGGCAAGGCCAGUUUGCACCUAAUUCACGGACUCGACGUAGCGCGGGCGUUGGUGGCGAUCGUGGAAGGCGGGGAAGGGAAAUGGGAGACGGUUGGGAGGGGACAGCGGUGGAUGGUGACGGAUGGGUUUGUGUAUGAUUGGUGGGGGAUGGUUGCUGGGUGGGCGGAUGGGGAAGGCGGGGAAGGGGAGGAGGAGAGGGCGCGGUGGGUGUGGGAGUUGAUGAGGGAGGAAGGGAUUAAGGGGUUGCCGAGGUCGGUGGAGGUUUUGGGGAGGGGGUAUGAUGGGAGGGAGUUUUGGGAGGCGCUGGGGUUGGUGCCUUUGGAGGGGCAUGCGAGUUGA